AUGUCUCAAGCUACUUUCGAAAUCAAGAACGGUCCAAGUUUCUCAGGUUAUUCCUUUGGUGCCGAUAAGUCUAUCAGUGGUGAAGCCGUGUUCACCACUUCUCUCGUUGGGUACCCGGAGUCGAUGACUGAUCCCUCGUACCGUGGUCAGAUCCUGGUGUUCACACAGCCGCUGAUUGGUAACUACGGUGUGCCCUCGAUGGAGGCGCGCGACGAGUACAACUUGCUCAAGCACUUCGAGUCGUCCCACAUACAGGUCGCCGGUAUAGUCGUUGCUGACUACGCUGCGCAGUACUCUCACUGGACCGCUGUGGAGUCCCUGGGCGACUGGUGCAAGCGUGAAGGUGUUGCUGCGAUCACUGGUGUGGACACCCGUGAAAUCGUGCAGUACUUGAGGGAGCAGGGCUCCUCCCAGAGCCGUAUACUCGUGGAAGGCUCGGACACGCCCAAGUUCUACGACUCGAUGGCCACGCACCUGGUGGCGGAGGUGUCCACCAAGGAGACCCUGUACGUGCCCGCCAAGAACCCCGUGGCCAACAUCGCGGUGAUCGACUGCGGUGUCAAAGUGAAUAUCAUCAGAAGUCUCGUGGCUAGGGGCGCCAACGUAACGAUAUUCCCACACAACGCUAGGAUACAGGACGUCGCUGGUCAAUUCGACGGUGUAUUCCUAUCGAAUGGGCCUGGCAACCCGGAGACCUGCCACGAGACCAUCGAGAACUUGAAGGAGCUGCUGGCCAACGAGGACUUGCAACAGCUGCCCAUCUUCGGUAUCUGUCUGGGCCACCAGCUGCUGGCCUUGGCCUCCGGCGGCAAGACACACAAGCUGCAGUACGGUAACAGAGCACACAACAUCCCAGCAAUGGACCUGACCACGGGCCAAUGCCACAUCACAUCCCAGAACCACGGCUACGCAGUCGACCCACAAACACUCCCACAAGAAGAGUGGAAACCAUACUUCAUAAACUUGAACGACCAAUCCAACGAAGGAAUGAUCCACACCACAAGACCUAUCUUCUCAACGCAGUUCCACCCAGAGGCAAAGGGUGGCCCUCUGGACACAAUGCCUCUGUUCGACAAGUUCUUCAACAACAUCGAGUGCUACAAGACCCACCUCAGCCAGUCCAGCUACAGAAUGGUCUCCCAGAUCCCAGCAAUCGACAAAAAGGAGAUCAUGGCCUAG